AUGGCCGUCGGCCCAACCCUAGGAACUGGGCUUUUCCUCGCCGGCGGCCAAGCCUUGGCUGUCGGCGGACCAGCUUCACUCCUCAUUUCAUACAUCUCCCUCUCACUACUUGUUUAUUUCAUGGCAACUAGUGUCGCUGAGGUCGCUACUUACCGUCCCACUCGCCAUGGAGCGAUAAUCAUGCAAGGAUUCCAGUAUUUGAACGAAAGCGUGGGAUUCGCUACUGCCUCUCUUCGCUGGUAUACGAUGGCCAUGUUCGUUCCAUACGAGCUAACCACUGCAAUGGUCAGCGUGGGGCUUUGGAAACCCGGUGGUAAUAUCGCAGUCCACCUUCUACUCGUUACUUUUGCCGUUGUCGGGAUGAAUAUGCUCUCAGAUCGAUUGUUCAAGAGCUUGGAAACACUGCUUUAUCGGAUAAAGAUCGGCACACUGGCGUCUCUUCUCGUCCUUUCGUUAUCCAUCUGCUUAGGAGGAGCCACUGGCUAUGACCAUUGGGGCUUUAAAUACUGGAAGAACCCUGGGGCCCUGAACGAAUAUUUCGCCCAUGGCCCCGUGGGAAAAUUUCUGGGUCUGUUACAGUGCCUUCAUUUGAGUAGUAUCGCUUUCGCCUUUGUACCGGAGCUGGUGGUUCACCGAGUUGAGAUGACCGAGACCGCCGAUCAGCCCGAGAUAACCAACAAUAUGCAGCCAGCGACGAGGUCCAAUAUUCCCAGAAGAGUCCUUAUGGAUGUAUUCCAGACCACGAUUUCCUACACGUUGAGCUCGCUGGCCAUGGGAGUUAUGGCUCCGUAUGACGAUCCUUUACUCACGAACACAGGAGCUGGCGCUGGUUUAUCCCCUUUUGUGAUCGGCAUGUACAGGGCGCGAAUCCGGAUUCUUCCCGUCACGGCGACUCUUGCAAUUCUUCUCUCGUCUUUGACAUCGGCUCAAACUUUCCUGCACAUCGCCUCUCGAUCGCUGUACGCCAUGUCAGAUGCUGGUCAUGUUCCAUCGAUGUUCAAAAUUCGAAACAGUUCGGGUGUUCCCUGGGUUGCUAUUGUUUUUACCGCAACCUUCACCACCCUUGCAUUUUCAUCUAUAGCCACGUCAAGCUCCAUCAUGACGACCUACUUCAUCCUGUUCGUAAAUAGCUCUGCCUAUCUGUCCUGGAUGCUUUCGGCCGUCGUUUACCGACGUUAUCGCCAGCAUUUGCGCCUUCAUGGAGCUACCACUGCGUUCCGGUUCUCUGUACAGCCGUUUGGCACAUAUGCAGGACUAGUCAUCAGUACGCUCCUAUUGCUGUCCAAUGGAUUGAUAUGUGCUGUUCCGGGAAAAGUCAAUGGCCCACGAGCAUCAAGGAUUAUCAUGGCGUACCUCAGCAUACCCCUCUUCUGCUUUUUGUAUCUCAUGCAUCGGUUCGGCGGUUCUAUCUCGUCCCCUUUACAUAGCAAGGAAAACAGCAACAAGGAAGUACCUGAUGUUCCAAUCAUUCCAGUUGCUCCGGCUGGUAAAUAUCAUUCGCGGGAGCGAGAACGAGCACCGCAUGGACGAUCGCAUCAACCACCCACAGUCAUUGAGUUGGAUCAGGUUUGGGAAAUGGCCAGAGAAGAAUGA